AUGUCGCUGGAGCACGGUGCUGUCCGACCUGCGGCUGAGGAUGGCUCCGUGUCUUUCGACAUCGUGAGCAAGUGGGAGGAGGACGCGUCUGCGGAUCCGAAGAUCCAGCUCUCGCGAACGAUCCUCUCGCAUACCAAUCUCCAGGAGGCGUUGCUCUCUCGGUCGGCGAUCGUUGCGGACCCUCACGUCUAUAACACCGAGGUUGCGUUCAAGACCAGCCCUAUCACCUCGCAGAAAUCGAGUGGUCGAUGCUGGCUCUUCGCGACCACCAAUGUUCUCCGGUACAAUAUCAUGCAGAAGUUGAAUUUGAAGGAGUUCCAGCUCUCGCAGUCGUACGUAUUCUUCUGGGACAAGCUCAACAAGUCGAACUACUACCUCGAGCUUUCCAUCGAGCUCGCGGACCGACCACUCGAUGAUCGUCUCGUCAACCACCUGGCUGGGGACCUGAUCAGCGACGGUGGCCAGUGGGAUAUGGCUGUGAACAUUCUGGAGAACUACGGUGUCGUCCCGCAGCCAAUCUACCCCGAGUCCACUCACUCCUCGCUCUCUGGACCGCUCAAUACGCUACUGAAGACCAAGCUCCGUGAGGAUGCUCUGAUUCUCCGAGAGCUGGCGGCCAGUCUUCGGGCCAACUCUUCGCUUUCCGAGGAGGCGGUUUUGGCUACGCUCCGCUCCAAGAAGGAGUCGCUGAUGGCGGAGGUGUACACGAUCAUGUCGGCCACGUUGGGCGUGCCGCCGAAGCCCGACGCACCCUUCACCUGGGACUACUACGACGCCGACGGCAAGCCGCACACGUGGACAGGCACCCCCCUUGAGUUCUACAAGGCGUUCCACGCCAAGUCGUAUGCUCCUUCGGACUGCUUCUCUCUCAUCAACGACCCUCGGAACGAGUACGGAAAGCUCUACACCGUCGACAAGCUGGGCAACGUCUGGGGAGGGCGCCCAGUUCUCUACGUCAACACCAAAAUCGACGACCUCAAGAAUGCGGUCGUGAGGAUGGUCAAGGCGGGCGUUCCGGUCUUCUUCGGAUGCGAUGUCGGGAAGUUUUCUGAUCGGGUGAAGGGUAUCAUGAGCACUGGGCUGUACGAAUAUGAGAACGCGUUCAACAUCAAGCUCGGUUUGACGAAGGCCCAGCGCCUUCAGGUCAACGAGUCAGCCAUGACACACGCCAUGGUGAUCUCUGCGGUUCACCUGGAUGGAUCUGGAAAGCCAGUGCGCUACAAGGUCGAGAACUCGUGGGGUGAGGAGCCGGGAGAGAAGGGCUGGUUCGUGAUGACCGACAAGUGGUUCGAGGAAUUCGUUUACCAAGUCGUUGUGCCUAAGUCUCUGGCACCCAAGGAGCUGGUAAAGGUCUUCGAGGGUAAGGAGAGGAUUGUCCUCCCUGCGUGGGACCCGAUGGUGCGUAAAUCUUUCAUAGGCUGGACGAAGUGUUCACACCAGCGCACUGUAAUACAGGGCGCCCUGGCUUAG